GUGAUUGCUGCCAGGGAUGCCUUGAAUCGAAAACCCCCAAUACUCAUUAAAAUUGCUCCAGAUUUAACAGAAAAAGAUAAAGAAGACAUUGCAGCAGUAAUAUCAAAUGAAAAGUUUAAAGUGGAUGGAUUAAUUGUAAGUAAUACUACCAUUACAAGGCCGGAUACAUUGACAAGUCCAGAGAAAGGUGAAACAGGUGGCUUGAGUGGCCCUCCAUUGAAAGAAUUGUCAACAAAUACAUUGAAAGAUAUGUAUAAAUUAACCCAAGGUGAGAUACCCAUCAUCGGUGUUGGCGGAAUCAGCAAUGGUCAAGAUGCAUAUGAGAAGAUAAGGGCUGGAGCAUCAUUGGUACAACUCUACACAUCUUUGACGUAUCAAGGACCACCAGUGGUAAAGAAAAUCAAACAGGAAUUAGUGCUACUACUAAAGAAAGAUGGAUUCCAGUCAGUGUCAGAGGCAGUUGGUAUUGACAGUAGCAAGUGACGUUUUCAUCAAGAAAUUUAAUGGUACAGCUUUUGCAACAACAUCAAAUCAUAUUUAUUACUAUACACUGUAUGUACAAUAAACAUAGCUUUCAUAAAAAAUGUGUCAUCUCUACUUUGGCUCUACUAUAUUGCCAGAUCUGGCAACUGGAAUCAGCUCCUGUCGAUAUUCUAAAGGCAUAUACUUUUCAACCAAUAACGUUAAACUCUGCUUCU